CAGUCUGGAUUAGAGACACACGCACACGAGCACACACACACACUCAUAUAUCAGUCAAGCUCAGAAUCUAAAGUAUAGGCAGAUUCAACAGCUCACACAGAUUCUGAGACAUCUGCUGGGUUACAGAAGGAGGGAUGGAAGCCAGGACGUUUGGUUCCAUCCCCAGAUCUGGAUGGGAGAGCAGUUUAGGAGCUGAAUUAUAAGGGGGUUGUGAUCAGGGCAGAUCAAAGCUGUCAGAACAGUUACUUUGGUUCCAGGACUUUGUGCUCAGUACUUUCUCCUCCUCACCACCAGGAAGGAAACCGAGAGUCACUCAGAACAAAGAGGAAGAUGCUCCCGGGUUCAAGGAAUCCAUCCAUGGCUGGGACAGAGAGGUGAUACAACUUCAGCACCAAGGACAGAGCCCCAGGUCAUACCCUAACCCAAAAGGAAGAGGACUUUGAAUUUAAGAUGACCCCCCCCCCCCCCGAUUUCUAACAUGAAAGAAGCUGGUGGGAAAACUAACCCUGGAUUCAGAACUGCCAAAAUGUGCCAUUCUGCAUCAGUCAUCUUAAUGGUGUGUGCCACCCUUCUCUGUCAAGACAUCCAUGCUCAGGAGUUCCCGGUACACAUGCCACGGCACCAUCAUGACCAAUACUGGUACCAGUCUGCACAGGAUCAAAUCCCAGUGAUCAGUGGAGGCACCUGUAAGGUGAUUGCUGUCCGCCGCUGCUGUAACCACAACCACAUUGAGGAACGAUCCCAAACCAUCCAGUGCUCCUGCCUCCCAGGGAAGGUGGCUGGCACCACCCGAGGCAAACCAUCGUGUGUUGAUACCUCCAUCGUAACAGGAAAGUGGUGGUGUGACAUGGAGCCCUGCCUGGCGGAAGAAGAAUGCAAGGCAUUGCCUGACAACUCAGGCUGGAUGUGCUCACAAGGAAAUCGGGUCAAAACCACCAAGGUACUCGUCCUUCUAAUCCCAUCUACCCAUCUCAUUACCCUGGAGAAGGUAAAGCCAAUGCAGCAGGCAUUUCUGAACUACCACCUCCUCCACUUUUCAUCUGACAACCAUGUUUUAUAGACCCAAGGGGUUUCAGCAGGUUCUAUGGAUUGCUGGAUGACACCUACCAAAAUCUCCAUUUGAUAAUUUGUUCUGCUUGCCUUUCAGAUCCACCCCAGGCACUAAGGCCUAUAACACUGAAAGGUCCAUCUCCCACGGAACCAAGAGAAAAGUAUGGGACUUUGCUUCAAAUGUUCAGGGGACAUGUGACUCCUGACACAGCCACUGGGAAAAAAGAAACAGCAGGUGAACCAUGCAGAAGGAAUCUACUCAGCCCGACUGACUUGCUGUGGGGGACAUCAAGUGACCCAACAGCAGCAGAAGCUGUCAUCAAGACUGGGCUUGGAUGCCUUUUCAAGGGAUGCUUCUGUUGAUUGGUGGGAAACUGGGAAAUGGAAUCAAAGACCUUUCACUCUUCGCAAA